AUGGCACAAAAUAGGCAUUGGGAACAAGACAAAGAUGCGACCAUCUACAUCGGUAACAUCGACGAGCGCGCGAGCCCAGCCAUGGUUUACGAGGUCAUGCUACAGAUGGGCCCCAUCCACAACAUACACAUGCCCCGCGAUCGCGUCACCCAGAACCACCAGGGCUUCGGCUUCGUUGAGUUCCGCACGCCCAGCGACGCCGAGUACGCCGCCAACGUGAUGAACGGCAUCAAGCUCUACGGCAAGUCGCUGCGCGUCAACAAGGCCAGCGCCGACAAACAGAAGCAGGCAGAGGUUGGUGCCGAGUUGUUCGUCGGCAACCUCGACCCGAUGGUCGACGAGAAAAUUCUCUACGACACCUUCUCGCGCUUCGGUCCGCUCAUCACCCUCCCCAAGGUCGCCCGUGAGGAUAGCGGCAACUCCAAGGGAUUCGGCUUCAUCUCCUACGCCGACUUCGAGAGCUCCGAUGCCGCCAUCGCGAACCUCCACGGGCAGUACAUCCUCAGCAAGGAGGUCUCGGUCCAGUACGCCUUCAAAAAGGACGGCAAGGGCGAGCGCCACGGUGACGCCGCCGAGCGUGAGCUGGCCGCGCAGGCCAAGAAGAGGAACAUCGUCCCGGAAAUCCAGGCGGUGCCGCCUGCAUUCUUGAAUGGGCCGCCCCCGGCCGCCGCACCGACUGCACCCGCCGGCUUCGAUCCCGCAAACGGUCUUCCAGCUCCGGUACCCGGUCCCGGAGCCCCUGUCGGCUUCGCGCCCCCGCCACGAGGACCUGCACAGUACAACGCCGUACCGCCGCCUCAGGCCAUGGGUGGCCCCGGUAUCGGUCGUGGCAUGGUCCUCCCGCCCGCGCCGUCCGGCCUGCCAGCCCGCCCGCCUCAGUCUCAGGGAUCGUACACCAACCCGGCCGACUUUCACCCGGGCGCUCCCGGAUUCCGUCCACCCAGCGGGCCUCCCGCGCCUCAGGGUUUCGCCGCCCCUCCCCCCGCCUUCCCCAUCCCCCCUCCAGGCCCAUCUGGCACGCCGCCCGCGCCUCCUGGUUUCAUGCCUCCUCCGGGUUUCAACCCUCACGGGUUCCCUCGACGAUGA